AGCCGUAACCCUAUAAAAUCUAAACUAAUAUCAGUGGGCUAGGGUUUUUCCUAUACCAACAAACACACGCCUGGUUCGGUCGCUUGCUCUGAUUCUCAUCACCAUGGUGAACGUUCCUAAGACAAAGAAGACCUACUGCAAGAGCAAGGAGUGCAAAAAGCACACCUUGCAUAAGGUCACACAGUACAAGAAGGGAAAGGAUAGCCUUGCUGUUCAGGGAAAACGGCGUUAUGAUCGCAAGCAAUCAGGUUAUGGAGGGCAAACAAAGCCUGUUUUCCACAAGAAGGCUAAGACAACCAAAAAGAUCGUGCUAAGGCUGCAGUGCCAGGGCUGCAAACAUGUUUCACAGCACCCCAUUAAGAGGUGCAAGCACUUUGAAAUAGGAGGAGACAAAAAGGGGAAGGGAACUUCUCUUUUCUAAAUGAUUGUUCUGUUCUAUUAUUAUGUUGCUUACUUUCAGUUAUGUUGGAGCCUGAAGACAAAUAUGGGAUAGUUAUUUGCUGGCCUAGGAAAACAUUGCAGUGAAUUUUGAUAUAUUUUAUUUCAUAAGUUUGAUAUUGGAGUUUGAAUUAAUGAUUAUCUGUGCAAAUGAAACUGCUUGUGAUUGAUCUUGU